AUGGGCUGGAUCCGCGACACGACCGUAGAGGUCGCUAGUCAACCAAGAUACCCGUUGAAAAUAGCAGUCUGUGCAGUCUCCACCCCACUGGCGAUCAUGGUCGUCGUUCUCCGAGGAUAUCACUGUCUACAUAUCAACCCUAGGGGACGACGCAGCUUCUACAACCUCUGCUUGUCCUUAGCUUCUGCUAUCGCGUACAACGCUAUCGUAAUUGCUAAGACACGUCUUGGCUUGGGUUUGCCACAGACCAGUUUCCCAGAGGUCAAUGUAGAGCGUUAUGCUCGUCUUGAUCUGGUAGGAAGGCUGAUGUACAUAUUGGCCAAAGCGGGUUAUAACCUGGCCCUGAGCUUUACUGCGUUGGAAUAUCUUGCGAACGCGAAUUUGCCCACUUAUCACCGGAUGAUAUGGCUUGCGAUAAGUGUUGUUGCCGCGAGUCAUCUUUCAUCAGUUCUGAUCCUACUACUAUAUUGCCGACCGACCGAGAAAGCAUGGAUACCCAGAACUGAGGGACGAUGCCUUGAUAUCGGACCUCUAUUGUAUGGAACUUCUGCUACAACGCUCACCUGCAACAUGAUCGCAGUGAUCUUACCGAUUCGCAAGCUCUGCAGUCUACAGUUGACAAGGAGUAGACAACUCAAUAUCGUCAGCUUUAACCUUCUCGGGCUCUUGACUCCUAUCUGCUCUGUGAUACGCAUAUGCCAAAUCGAGGCAAUGCUCAGACACGGAGAUGCAUCUAUGUUCACCAUCUGGGGGGUUGUGGAGCUCUGCGUCGGGGUGAGUGCAGACCAAGUGUUUCUUACGUAA